CACAACAUGGUUAACUCCGCAGUAAGAGACGCGCCACGGAGCGCAGCGCAUGCGCCACAUAAAGGCGCCAAAACGUACACAGUAAUUGUAAAUAACUUUUAAAUGUUCUAUUCAUUCGAUUUGUGAUAUUCGAUAAGUGUCAAAGUAAUUAAAUUCAUAUUACAGUCAUCUUUAAGUUUUUACUUCUUGUGUGAAAGAACCGGACGUUCAUCUUGUUUAUGUAUACUACGUUUUAAAAUUGAAUCAAUAAUAAAAAAUCAUGGAUCCAAAUGUAGAAAAAAGUGUAAACUGGGGAGAUAUGGAAACAACAGCCGACCCGAACGUGUCUAUAUCCACAAUAAGUGAGGACGUGCCGACGCUGACUUUGGCCACCAUUUUGGGCGUCACGGUUGUCAUUAUCAUAGCAAUUGCCGUCGUCUUUGUUUUAGGAGUGCUUAUUGAUUGUAGACAACAGAUCUUGGAUAAGAAGAUUGGUGAAGUGAGAAGGAGGAAGAAUCUUCGAAGAGCGAAGUCACACCCGCAAGCAGAUGUAGUCAGCAUAGUCAACGAAAUGGAGGGGCCGGGUCUCAGCGUACCACCCGUGGAGGCGUUACGUACUAUACCUUAGUACCCAAAUGUCAUUCUACCAAAAUUAUUUUAUGUUAUUAAUCUGAAUCUAUGUAAAUUAUAGUUUUUUGAGUGUUUGUUAUCGUCAGUUUCCACUGUCGAUAUACUGAAUGGGAAGGAUUACAGUAAGUCGUUAAAGUACGAACGUAUCGGCAUUGUAAAUUUAUUUAGCAAUUAAUAUAUGAAAAAAAUGACGUCUAUGAAAUGUUAUAAGAGCUCGCUGAUUAGUAUUAUUGACGAAAUAUGAAUAAUUAUUAUAAUAAUUUAAAUUUUGUUCAACGUAUAAUAUAAUUGUUGCCAAGUACUUAACAUACAAAUGCGUGGAGGUGAAACGUGUUUGAAUAAACAGACUGUUUUACGUAUAUAUAAUUGUGCAUAUAGAAAUGGAAUAUUCACAGUUUUUACUUGUAAAAAAAUAUUAAAAAUACUUGAAUAUAGAUGUUAUAGAUAGAUGUAAAGAAUCAAAGGAUAUAUAUAACAUAUCUAAUUAAAUAUUUUUAUUAUUUACAAUUAAUUGUUUCAUUAUUCUACUUUUUAUUUUACCAUUAAUAUUAAAGAUUAUUGUACGAAUAAGUAGCAAGCGCAGCACAAACAACAAACAGAUUCAGCUGAAUAAAA